CUCUCCCUUCCCUCCCCCGUCCUCUCUCCUCCUCUUCAGCCUCCUGGAGCUAGACGCCAAUAUGGAGCCAGAGGACAUGCUGUAGCCAGGAGAGCUCGAGGAGGAGGAGGAGGCGGAGAACUUGGACGAGUAUGAGGUGGUGAUGGUGGAGGAGAUGGAGGAAGAGGAGGGGCGGGAGUCGGACGCGGAUUUUAACUACAAGAGCCAGCGUCGGGAGAGUACGGACGACGAGGAGGAUGAGGAGGCCAGGGCCUGGCUGCAGGCGCACCCCGGCGGGACUUUGCCUCAGCCGUCGCUCCCGAGGCAGCGCUACUCGGGGGGCGAGCUGACCAGCCCGGGGAAGAGAACAGAAUCUUGGCAUUAUCUUCCUCAAGAAAUGGACUCUUCCCACACCUUGAAUACAACCCAGACCAGGUUUAAUGUAAGAGAAAAAGGGACUGAAGUGACAGACUUCCCCUCUCUGGAGGAAGGUAUAUUGACCCAAUCAGAAAAUCAAGUAAAGGAGUCGAACAGAGAUCUCUUAUGUUCUCCAUUGAUAGUCAUACAAGACAAUUUCACUUCUCCUGAUUUGCCUUUGCUGACAUGUUUGACAAAAGAUCAAGAGUUUGGGCCUGAUUCCUUGUUUCACCAAAGUGAACUAGAUUUUGCACCUCUGAGGAGAAUUCCUGGUAAGUCUGAAGACACUGAAUGGUGUUCUCGACUGUCGGAAGUUAGUGAAGCUUUAUUCCAGGCAGCCUCAGAAGUAGCUUCAAACUUAGUUAACAGUUGCUUUAGUGUAUCUCAGCACCCACUUACAGGUAGUACAGCUGUUGAGUCUCAGCGCUCUUUAUUAACUCUUGAACAAGGGACUAAAGAAGAGACUGUUUCACCUGAUACACUUGAGGAUCUGAAAACCCCCAAAGACUCUGAUAGUUAUGAUGCUCUUUAUUCAUAUAUGUCAUGGAAGACACAAGAAGUUAUACAGGAGCCAGAAACCAAUUUAGCUGAUAAAGAUCAAGUUUCUUUUUCAACUGCAUCUGAUACAAGUGAUGAAUACCUAACUCCUAAAGGAAGUGACAGUUUUGAUGCUUCUUGUUCGUAUGUGCAAUAUGGGAAACAGGAAGCUUUACAACAGUUAGAAAAAUAUUUAACCAGUAAGGACCGUCAUUCAUAUUCAGAUUCAUCUGACACAAUUGAUAAAAAUAAAAUUCCUAAGGAAAGUGACAAUUUUAGUGCCCCUUUUUCAGAUAUGCCAUGGAGCAAACAGGGAGCUUCACACCAUCCAGAAAUAUGUCUAAUCAGUAAGGACUGUGUUUCUUUUCCACAUGAAGUUGCUCCUCGUUUUUAUAGUAAAAUGCCACAUUGUUUUUUGCAUUGUUUGUUGGAAAGAGGAGGAAGAGAGGUUCCCUUGACAGCUGAUAGUCAUUAUUUUGAGAGUGUUUAUUUAAGGGCUCCUGCUCAGAAUGAGAUGCAACAAAAGAUGGACUCUUUGGAGCGUUAUAAAAGAAAUGAAGAAAAUCUGGGGAAAGAAUUAUCUCAAUGUUUUGAACUAAAGGAGAAUAGAAAUACUUUAGUAUUUUCAGAGGUGCAUCCCAGAUCUUCAGAAAUACAAUAUAUUGAGAACGUUGUAGUUACUAAUAAUUCUGUAGAAGUGUCAGAAGCACGUAUACUCUCCAGGGGGCAUGAUACCUCUAAGAUGGAGGUUUUUGGUGGUCCUCUUCAGACUAUUAAAUCCAACUCAGAUGAGACAUCAGAACAGCUGUGUUUUCAAGAAGAAAGAAACCAAAAGCCACCUUCUGCUUUUGGUGGGAAAAAUGUUGAUGCUACUGAAAAUGUAGCCUUUCAGGCAGUUAUUGCCUCUAUUGAACCUUCUGAGAAAGAGAGUACAGUAAAUGAAAUCCAAACUGACAUCAAUAAAUUUUUAACAAAUGACAGCCAAGAAAGUGAACCAAAAAAUCCAGAUCUUUCCCUAUUAAAUUAUGAUGAAAACUUUUUCUUUGAUAAACUUAAUCACCCACGCUAUCAGUCUACUCCUGGGGUGUUUGAAUCAGCAGCUUCAAAACCAUUGUUGUAUAAAAAAGAUGAUGGUGAUAGCUCCCUGUACUGGCAUCCUAAUUUAAAAUCACUCCCCAGUGCUCCUCAGGAAAUAUUCAUUAAGCCACUUUCUCUUAGUCCAGAGCUUAAGUUGUCAUCUUCUUUAAGUGAAAAAUCUCUCAGACAGGCUGUUGGUCUUGGCAAAACACAGUCAGCUUUAUUUCAGUAUGAUACAGACAAUGAACCAUUUCUUCCCAUUGGGAAGAUAAAGUCUGUUUCUGCUCUUGACCUUGCAGAGAAGUUAGGAUCUUCAAACAUUAUUUAUCCAAUCAAAGUAUGGACUUCAAAUUCUUCGGUUUUACAAGAUUUAAAGCAGCACACCUUUGAAGAAGUUUCAGAUUCCUCAAACUGUAUUUUGGAGGGCCUGCAGGGGAAGGCUGAAUCUGACAUCUAUACUCUGGAUGAUGAUACUGAAUGCUGUAGCCUAGAUGAAAAUGAUGUUGUAUGCAGGAAAAGAGUUGUUGAACUACAAAGAGAGCUACGUGACCAAGGUGACUUGACUGGUGAGUGCAUUAAGCUAGCAGGUUUAGAAAAUUUGCUUGAUGAUCUAGAGAUUUGUGACAGCUCCCUGCACUGGCAGUCUACUGUACAGCUACCAUCUAAGGAAGAGAGCAGUUUUGAAGAGCCUGUAUGUCCUUCUAAUAUGGACAUUAAUCAGUCUUUUUCAUCUGUAUUGCCUCCAUUUGUUCCUCAUGAGCCAACUAGAGAGUUGGAGUAUCACUCUUCAGAUCUCAGAAUGUUGAGGGUAUCUCCUGACACUGUGCCAGGGACUCUCAAACAUUCAACAGGGAAUACGUCCAAAGGAGACAUAGCUGAAAUUCCUCAAUCCACCUUGAAACCAGGCAUCACUACCACUCCUGAAGUUUCAGACACUGUAUCUCAUUUAUCCUUGUCCCCUGAGGACUUUCCUCAGUUGGCUGGAAGGUCUCCUCAAGUGAAGAAUAUUGGUCAACAUACUGAUACUCUCAACCAACAGACAUUAGCAGACAGUCGUCUAACUGAAGAGGCUCUAAAAGUUUCAGCUCUUCCUAGAACAGCUGACCAGAAGAACACUGGGAUACUAAGAGGGUCGUCUAGGUCCUACUCAUUUGGAGAGAAGCCGGGUGGUUUUUUCUACCAGCGGGUGUUACCAGAUGGUAAUCUAAGUGAAGAGGCUCUGAAAGUUUCACCUGCGUCUAGACCAAGUGACCAGAAGACUGGUAUACUCUCAGUACCUGCUAGUUCCUACUCACAUAGAGAGAAGCCCAGUAUUUUCUACCCACAAACCUUGCCCGGCAGUCAUCUAUCUGAAGAGGCUCUGAAAGAUUCAGCUAUUUCUGGGCUAGCUGAUCAGAAGACUGGGACAUCAGAACCUUCUGGUUCCUACUCACAUAGAGAGAAAUCCAGUGUUUUCUACCAACAGGAGUUGCCAGAUAAUCAUCUAACUGGAGAGGCUUGGAAAGUUUCAGGUGUUACUGGAACAGGUGACCAGAAGACUGGUAUACCUAUAGUAACCUCUGCUUCCUACUUACAUAAAGAGAAGCCCAUUAUUUUCUACCAGCAGGCCUUACCAGAUAGAUAUCUUACUGAAGAGGCUCUGAAUGUUUCAACUGCUCCCAGACCAGCUGACCAGAAAACUGGGAUACCUGCAGUACCAUCUAGUUCCUAUUCAUAUAGAGAGAAGCCCAUCAUUUCUUACCAGCAAGAGUUGCCAGAUCUUACUCAAGUGGCUUUAAAAGUUUUAGAGGUUCCUGGACCAGCUGACCAGAAGAUUGGGAUACCAGCAAUAAUCUCUACUUCUUCCUCAUAUGGAGAGAAGCCCAUCAUUUCUUACCAGCAAGAGUUGCCAGAUCCUAAUGAAGAUGCUUUAAAACGUUUAGAGCUUCCUGGACAAGCAGACCAGACCACUGGUAUGCGAACUGUGCCCCCUACUUCCUGUUCACAUAGAGAGAGCCCCAUCUUUUCUUACCAGAAGGAGUUGCCAGAUAUUACUGAAGAAACUUUGAAAGUUUCAGCUGUUCCUGGACCAGGUGACCAGAAGAUUGGGAUACAAACAGUCCCCUCUAGUUCCUACUCAUAUUAUAGAGAGAAGGCCGAUGUUUUUUACCAGCAGGAGUUGCCAGAUCUUACUGAAGAAACUUUAAAAGUUUUUGCUCUUCCUGGACCAGCUGACCAGAAUGCUGGGAUACCAACAGGGCCUUCUAGUUCUUACUCACAUAAAGAGAAACUCAAGAUUUUACCAGAUGACCAGAAGGCUGAGUUACUAUCAGCUCCCCUUAGUUCCUACUCACAUAGAGAAAAGCCUAAGACUUCAACUGUGAUUGGCCCAGAUGACCAGAAGACUCCAUUACUGACAGGUUUUCCUAAUUCUUAUUCUCAGAGAGUAAAGCCCAGUAUUUUCUUUCAACAGCAGUUGCCAGAUAGACAUCAAAGUGGAGAUAUUCUGAAGAUUUCACCUGUUCCUGAACCAACUGAUGUGAAUUCUUGGAUACAAAUACCUCCUUCUAGUUCCUGUUCACACAGAGAGAAAUCUAAUAUUUUCUACCCAGAGGAAUUGCCAGACAAACAUCUCACUGAAGAUUCACUGAAGGUUUCAACAGUUCCUGGACCAGCUGACCAAAAAACUGUGUUACCAGCAGUUCCUCCUAGUUCCUUUUCACGUAGAGAGAAACCAGUUCUUUUCUACCAACAGGAUUUGCCAGAAAGACAUCUAACUGAAAAUAACCUGAAGUUCUCAAGUAGUCUUGGGCAAGCUGGUCAGAUUACUGGGUUAUCAACAGUUCCCUGUAGUACUUAUUCACAUAGUGAGAAGCACAGACUUACUUCAGACCAUGUCCAAAGGCUGAUAGAUAAUUUGGAUUCUUCUAACGCCAGUGUUAUCUCAAACAAUAUGCCUUUAAAUUCUCAGGCUGAUGGUAGAGUUGUAAUAAAUAAGCCAGAAUCUUCAGGUUUUGAAGAUGUUGGCCCUAAGGAAAUCCAGGAUAUGGAAAACAGUUCCAAAACUCUUAAAGAGAUUCAGACACUUUUAAUGGAAGCAGAAAAUAUAGCACUGAGACGAUGCAAUUUUCCUGUUCCCCUUGUCCAUUUCAGAGAUGUUAGUGAUAUUUCAUUUAUACAAUCUAAGAAAGUGGUUUGCUUCAAAGAACCCCCCACAACUGAUGCAUCUAAUGGUGAUUUGUCUCAGAGACAGCCAUUCACAGAAGAAAGCCCAAGCAACAAGUGCAUACAGAAGGAUAUUAGCACACAGACGAAUCUGAAAUGCCAGAGAGGCACUGAAAAUUGGGAGUUUAUUAGUUCAACUACAGUUAGAAGUCCUUUACAGGAAGCAGAAAGCAGAGCCAGAGUGGCAUUAGACGAAACCCUUAGGCAAUAUAAAGCAGCCAGAUCUGUAAUGAGAUCUGACCCUGAAGGGUAUAGUAGAACCAUUGAGAAUAAUAUUAUUAUUCCUAUGAUGACUGUCAUUAAAAGUGAUUCAAGUAGUGAUGCAAGUUCCUGCUCAUGGGACAGUAAUUCCUCGGAGUCAGUUUCUGAUGUACUUCUAAACUUCUCUCCAUAUUCUUCACCCAAGACAAGCAUGACAGGUAGCAGAGAGGAAGAGGGUGUGUUAGAGAGUGACGAUGGUGGUGGUAGCAGUGUAGAUUCACUGGCUGCACAUGUGAAAAACCUUCUGAAAUGUGAAUCCUCAUUGAACCAUGCUAAAGAAAUACUCAGAAAUGCAGAGGAGGAGGAAUCUCGGGUACGGGCACGAGCCAGGAAUCUGAAGUUUAAUAUGGCUCAUGAGUGUGGCUACUCCAUUUCAGAAUUAAAUGAAGAUGACAGGAGAAAAGUAGAAGAGAUCAAAGCAAAAUUGUUUGGUCAUGGGAGAACAACUGACUUGCCCAAGGGUUUACAGAGUCCACAGGGAAUAGGAUGCAAGCCAGAAGCUGUAUGUAGUCACAUUAUCAUUGAGAGCCAUGAAAAAGGAUGUUUCAGGACUCUAACAGCUGAACGGCCACAAUUGGACAGCCACCCUUGUGUUUUCAGAUCUGCUGAACCCUCAGAAAUGAUCAGAGGACAACGGAGCCCAUCAUCAUGGACAACCAGGCACAUCAACCUUGCCAAGUCACUGGACCAGAACAACUCCCAUUUCAAAGUUUGGAAUUCAUUGCCGUUACAAAGUCAUUCCCCAUUUCAAAACUUUAUAGGUGAUGACUCGAAAAUUAGCAAGGGUCUUCGAAUUCCAUUCUGUGAAAAGUUGGACCCUUGGCUGUCAGAAUUAAUAGAACCUGCUUGUAUGCCACCUGAAGAAAUGGAUUGUCAGUCUUCAUCACAAAUGCUGUACCCAGAACCCAUGAAAAAGUUUACUACCUCCAUCACUUUAUCAUCUCACCGACAUUCUAAAUGCUUUUCAGAUUCCUCUUUUCUUAAGGUUGGUGUUACUGAAGGUAGCCAGUGUAAUGGAGGAUCUGUGGGGCUAGUUAAUUCUUAUAUCACUGAAGAGCAAAAUCCUCCUAGAGAUCUAAAAGAGAAAACCUCUUCCCCUUCAUCAUUUAAAAUCAUUAGUCAGUCACCAGAUAAAGCUGUGACUAUUUUAGCAGAAAAUAGUAGGCAAAGCCAAAAAUUAUCUGUUGAACAUUCUCACCAAGAAGAAAAACCCUUAGAAAGAUCAGAUUUUAAAAGCAGUCAUUCUAAGCCCAGUACCAGUGCAAAUGAUAGCAAUUUCAAGGAAGUUCAUUUUUCUGAUAACGAUACUCUCAUUAGCAUGGGCAGACCAAAUUCCACACUAGGAGUAAAAGAGAAGAAUGUAACUGUAACUCCAGAUCUUCCUUCGAACAUUUUUCUUGAACAAGAGCUCUUUGAACAAAGCAGAGCCUCACAUGAACAUCACCAUGUGAGAAAACACAAUUCUCCCCCUCCUCAACAUCAGGAUUAUGUAGCUGCAAAUCUCCCUUGUCAUAUUUUUCUUGAAAAACGAGAACUCUUUAAACAAAGCAAGACCCAACAUAAAGAUAAUCAGUUGAGAGAAAACCACUCUCCCCUUCCUCAAAAUCAGGAUUAUAUAGCUUCAGACCUGCCUUCUCUCAUUUUUCUUGAACAACGUCAGCUCUUUGAACAAAGCAAAGCCCCAGAUGUAUAUCACCACAUGGGAAAACACCAUUCUCCCUUUCCUCAAGGUCAGGAUUGUAUAGUAGAAAAGAAAAAUGAACAUAAGCCUAACUUACACAUUUCUGAUAUGGUAAAUGUUGAAGCCAAAUUCAGUGAUAUGGCCUCCCCAUCAGCCCCAAAUCAAUGUACAGUAGUAACAUCUGCAUCUACUCCACCUUCAAAUAGAAAAGCACUUUCUUGUGUUCGUAUAACUCUUUGUCCCAAGACUCCUUCCAAGUUGGAUAGUGGAACCUUAGAUAAAAGAUUUCAUUCAUUGGAUCCUGCCUCUAAAACAAGGAUGAAUAGUGAGUUUAACUCUGACCUACAGACUAUAUCUUCAGAAUCAUUGGAACCAACCUCCAAAUUAUUGACCAGUAAACCUGUAGCACAGGAUCAAGAAUCUGUAGGUUUUCUAGGACCUAAAUCUUCACCGGACUUCCAAGUCGUACAGUCUCCUCUUCCAGAUAGUAAUAUUAAUUCUCAGGACUUGAAAACCAUACCUUUUCGGAAUAGCCAGUUAGUAACCUCAAGGCAAACACAAGUGAACAUUUCAGAUUUGGAAGGAUAUUCCAAUCCAGAAGGGACUCCACUAUCUGCAGUUCGAUCACCAAAGGAGAUUAAGACCCCGUUUUCUCCCUUCUCUGGAAAAUUAUCAUCUGAUGCAGUCACUCAGAUAACAACAGAAAGUCCAGGAAAAGCCAUGUUUUCAUCUGAGAUUUUUGUUAAUGCUGACGAUCGUGGACAUGAUAUUCCAGAGCUCACUACACAGAAGUUGGGCAAAGUUCCUGUCAAGUUUGCUUCAUCAUCUUCAGUCCAACAGAUUACUGUUCCUCAUGGCACAGAUGGCCAGCCUUUACUGUUGCCAUAUAAGCCUUCUGGUAGUACGAAGAUGUACUAUGUUCCCCAAUUAAGACAAAUUCCUUCAUCUCUGGAUUCCAAAUCAGGCACCACCAUUGAGAGCUCACACUCAGGAUCCAAUGAUGCCAUUGCUCCAGACUUCCCGGCUGAGGUGCUAGGCACAAGGGAUGAUGACCUGGCAGACACUGUUAACAUUAAACAUAAAGAGGGGAUCUACAGUAAGACGGUGGUAACUAAGGCAUCCUUGUCAAUGGGGAAAAAACUCUUUCAGAAAGAUGCUCAAGUUCAAGUUCUCAUCGCUGGGGAUGAGGACCUCUCAGACAAAAACAAGGAAAAGGAGAUCUACAGUAAAAGGGCAGUGACCGAGGCUGCUCGAUCUGAAGAAAAAGAAUCCUUGCAGAAAGACACUACAGGUUCCAGUGCUGCUGCUGCUUUAGAGCAGUCAGCUCAACUACAAGACAUGAAGAUUGAUAGUCUACCAGACACUAAAGCCACUAAACAGAAAGAGGAGAUCCACAGUAAGAGGACAGUUCCUAAGGAAGGCUGGCCCGAAGAGAAGAAAUCCUUGCAAAUAGAUAUUGCAGAGUCCAGAUGUCAUUCAGAAUUUGAAAAUACCACCCAUUCUGUCUUCAGGUCAGCUAAGUUUUACUUUCAUCAUCCAGUGCACCUACCAAGUGAUCAAGAUUUUUGCCAUGAAUCCUUAGGAAGAAGAGUUUCCAUGAGGCAUUCUUGGAAAGAUUCCUUUCAGCAUCAUCCAGACAAACAAAGAGAACACACUGGUCUUCCUUCCUCUUAUCAAAAUGUGGCAAAGACAAAGUCAGAUUAUACCACAAUAGAGAGCCUCAGUAUAAAUGUAAACUUGGAAAACAAAGAAGUAAAGCAUACUACUAAAAGUCAGGCUAGAGAUUUUCUAAAAUAUGACAAACAAGUUAAUGACCUAAAAAGGGAUCAUAAGGCCACCCCAGAGUUAACAACUCAGCACACUGUGAGUUUAAAUGAACUCUGGAACAGGUAUCAGGAGCGACAGAGGCAACAGAAACCUCCUGAGUUCAGUGCCAAGAAGCAGCUUUCCUUGGUGGAGCGACUUGAUCGUUUGGCUAAACUUCUUCAGCAUCCCAUCACACAUUCUCUCCAGCCCUCAGAAAGUACACAGGAUGAUAGCAAAGGGGAACAAGAUGUUAAGGAAUGGAGUGGUAGACAGCAACAGCAGAAAAACAAGCUUCAGAAAAAGAAACGGUAUAAAAGCCUGGAGAAAUGCCAUAAAAACACAGGCGAUCUUAAAAAAAACAAGGUUCUUUCUACUCAUCAAGCUGGGAGGUCCAAUCAGAUUAAAAUUGAACAGAUUAAAUUUGAUAAAUAUAUUCUGAGAAAACAGCCAGGUUUUCAUUAUAUAAAUAACACUUCUUCAGAUUCUAGACACUCAGAGGAGAGUGAGCUGCUCACAGAUACUGCCACCAACAUCCUUUCCACCACCACUUCUGUGGAAUCAGAUAUAUUGACCCAAACAGAUAAGGAAGUGACUCUGCAUGAGAGGAGCAGCUCUAUUUCCACCAUUGAUACUGCCCGACUGAUCCAUGCUUUUGGCCAUGAAAGAGUUUGUUUGUCACCCAGGCGAAUUAAAUUAUACAGCAGCAUCACUGACCAUCAGAGGAGAUACCUUGAGAAGCGGAGCAAGAAAAACAAGAAACCAUUGAAUACAGGUUAUCCCCAAAUUACUUCAGAGCACACCAGAAGGAAACACAUCCAGGUGACAGACCAUAUUUCUUCUGACUCUGUUUCGUCUUCUACCAGCAGUUUCUGGAGCUCAAGCUCUACCCUUUGCAACAAGCAAAAUGUACAUAUGUUAAAUAAGGGCAUACAAGCAGGUACGUUGGAGAUUGUGAAUGGUGUCAGAAAACACACUCGAGAUGUUGGAAUGACUUUCCCAACUCCAAGUUCUAGCGAGGCUAGAGUAGAAGAGGACAGUGAUGUGACUUCUUGGUCAGAAGAAAAGAUAGAAGAGAAAAGGCUCCUUACCAGUUAUCUUGGGGACAGAAAGUUAAGGAAGAAUAAGCAAAGCUGCUGGGAAGGAGUUUCAUGGUUUGUUCCUGUGGAAAAUGUGAAGUCUGGUCUUAAGAAGGAAAACCUGCCCAAGUUUCAUGGCCCUGGUGGCUCCUGGUUUGCACCAGUAACCAACACCACACCUUGGAGGGAGCCACUACAGGAACAGAACUGGCAAGGACAGCACAUGGACAGCCACAGUUCAGUAGCAGGCCCAGGCAGAGAUCCACUGAAGCCAUUUGUGAGAGCAACCCUACAGGAGUCACUGCAACUUCACAGACCUGACUUCAUCUCACGGUCUGGGGAACGGAUAAAGCGCUUGAAGUUAAUAGUCCAGGAGAGGAAGCUGCAGAACAUGUUACAGAGUGAACGGGAGGCACUGUUCAACACUGUGCGAGAAUGGCAGGGCCAGCGGGACGCCAUGCACCUGCUCCCCAAGAGAGGCUUCCUGGCUGCCAAAAAGAAAAGGCCUGUUGGAAAGAAGGAAAUGAUUCAGCGGUCUAAAUGGAUUUAUGAACAGCUUCCAGAAGUACAGAAAAAGAGAGAAGAGGAAAAGAGGAGAUCGGAAUAUAAGUCAUACCGGCUGCGAGCCCAGCUAUAUAAAAAGAGGACUCUGAAAGAAACCAAGAGACAAGUCCAUACCAGACCGAUGUGGGAUUGGAGACCUGCUUCUGGAGCGCAUACCACAGCUCAGGCUGGGCUCCCUCAGGUGGGGACGCCCCAGGCACUACAUGGCCUGUCUGGUGUGUCAGCAUCACAAGGCCAGGCCUCUUAUUGUGCUUGUGUGUUUGUGAACUGAUGGAUGGAUUAGUCU